AUGACUUUUGCAGGCGAAACCACAAGAAGAAGAACAAGCUCAAGCUGCUGCUCAUUGAUGAAGAGACUAUCUGGCAGAAGAGCCCAGUCAUCAUCUUCCAAGCUAGACAUCCUCGGCCAGCGCUACAAAACAGACAGCUGGACCAACGUCUCCUCUGCCAUCCUCCCUCUCCUCCCACGCAAGCUGCAUCUGCAACAAAACCACCCGAUUGCCAUCCUCCGUGCCCAGAUAGAGUCACAGCUACCAGCAUCCCUCUAUACCCGCUAUAAUGACUUUUCACCAGCCGUCACCGUCCAUCAAAAUUUUGACUCACUUGGCUUUCCCGCUGACCAUGUCGGUCGUUCAAAGAGUGAUACCUACUACAUCAACCAGCAUACAGUCCUCAGAACACAUACCUCGGCGCAUCAAGCAGAUUGUUUCCGAAGCUGCAAUACAGCAGGCUUCCUCAUCUCUGCUGACGUGUAUCGACGUGAUGAAAUCGAUCGUUCACACUAUCCAGUUUUCCAUCAAAUGGAAGGUGCACGGAUCUGGAAAGCAUCAGCAGGCUUAGCACAAGAGAUUGAUGCAGAAUUGGCUACCCUGCCAGCCUUGUCGAUUGUGGUUGAAGAUGAGAAUCCACCAAACCAUGCAGGCAAUCCAGUUCAACCUGAGCAUGAACGUUUGCAAAGUGAAGCUGUUGCGCGGCAUUUGAAACGGACGAUUGAGGGAAUUGCUGCAAAAGUCUUCCAAACAGCUGCUGAGAGAACACAAGCUAUUGACAGAGAACCGCUCAGGGUACGCUGGAUUGAAGCAUACUUCCCCUUCACCAGUCCAUCUUGGGAACUCGAAGUGUUCUGGGAGGGCGAAUGGCUCGAAUUGUGCGGUUGUGGCGUUGUGCGACAUGCUCUUAUGACAGGCGCGGGCAAGCAAGACCAUAUCGGCUGGGCAUUCGGCUUAGGCUUGGAACGCAUUGCCAUGGUCUUAUUCGGGAUUCCUGAUAUUCGACUCUUUUGGUCACUCGAUGAACGUUUCUUGUCGCAAUUCGCUCAAGGUCUCAUUACUGCCUUUCAGCCAUACAGCAAGUACCCUGGCACGUUCCAGGAUGUUUCCUUUUGGACAUCUGAAGCAUUCCAGGAGAAUGAUUUCAUGGAGAUUAUCCGCAGUGUUGGUGGUGACUUGAUUGAGAAUGUCAAGCAAGUGGAUCACUUCAAGCACCCAAAAACGGGUAAGACAAGUUUGUGCUAUCGCAUUCAUUAUCGAUCCAUGGAUAAGUCAUUGUCAAUGGAUGAAGUGAAUGUCUUGCAAGACAAGAUUCGGGCCUUGUCCACGGAAACGCUGGGCGUCCAGUUGAGAUGA